UUAAAUUCUACAAAAUCUAUUGCAUUAACACAUCAAAGUUUUCACAACUAAGUUUUUUCUGUUAGUCAAUUAUCCGAAGCUGGAAAAUGUGGACACAAGAUUAUUUAUUUGUUUUAUUCUAUGUUUGCACCUGCUACUGGUUUAAUGUGUUGUGUGAACUCGAUUAUUUGAUAAUUUUAGAUCGAAUGGAAUCUAUCAAAGGAGAUAGAGAAGACCUUGUUAAUUUUUCCGAAUGGAAAGUAUCUCGGAAAGGUUCAAAUUAUUUUAUAAGUGGAAAUUUUACAUACGAAGUUGAUAUGGAUGAUUCUUUUUCGAGAGGGAUAACUACCGCAUACAGUCCAUUUGCAAAUAGUCACUUUAUUAAGCAACCAUUUCAACUUGAAAAAGUUCCCAUGUGUAUAUUUCAUAAUACAACUUAUAAGAAAUACAUUGAACCAACAUUUAAGGGACAUACAAAUUUUCCUGAAAUACCAGCUGAAGGACUAUGUCCAAUUCCAAAGGGAACCUAUUUUGCAAAGGAUGCUGCUUUGGAUGAAAAAAAUCUUCCUAUUCAUAUGCCAAGAGGUUUAUGGAGAUUAGAAGAAAAAUAUUUUAAGGAUAAAAACUGCAUUGGAGGGUUGAGACUGUUUGCACAUAUCAAAGAUAAAAAUUAAAAGAAAAAAGAGUCUGUUAAAUUGUCUUGUUUAAAAAUUUACCAAAAUGGUCAUACAAAUAUUUCUUUUUUUUCCUACCACUUGAGCCGAAAACUAAUUUUUUGUUAUAUUUGUUGUUUUUCGUGCUUGCUUAAAAUCUUUGUUAGUUGGAUUUUUUAAAGAAAUUAAAUAAACAUUACCAACAAUAUUUUGCAUU